AUGCUGAGUAAAAGCAAUUUUGGCGCGUACAUUCAUCUGCGGUACUUGGUGCAGGAGAAAAUAUUCUUCCAAAAGAAUCGCGGAGAUACUGCUAGUAGCCUUGGAAAUGCUCGCAAGGCAAAUACGGCUGUGAGCUACCGCUUCCAGUAA